AGCCCAUCAUUGAAACAUCGAAAAAUCAUCACUGCGGUCGUGAUGUUUCUUUGUAUAUACUAGUCAUCAUCUAUCUGAUUCUUACGGCCCUAGCUUUUCUCUAAUAACUUCCUGUUGUUUAACCUUUUGGUCGCUUCCACUUCAAUGCAGUCCGUCGAUUCUUCGUACGCCCUUGCCAUCACCGGCGCAGCCUGUGUUUGCGCUUGGUAUUGGCGAGCAAGGAAAAACGCCAAUGAGUUCUCUCAUCUGGCUCUCCCGCCGGGACCAAAGCCACUACCUCUCGUGGGUAACGUCAAGGACAUGCCAACUUCGCACGAGUGGGUAACUUAUACCAAGUGGGCUAAGCAAUACGGCGACGUUAUGCAUCUCAGCGUCUUUGGCCAGUCCAUCGUUAUCAUCAGUUCGCUAGAAGCCUCCAAGGCCUUGCUAGAUGGCAAGAGCGCCAUCACGUCCGACAGGCCUCGUUUCGCCAUGAUUUCAGAUUUGAUGGGCUGGAGCUGGGCUGUACAGUUUAUGGAAAUGGGUCCACGCUUUCGUAAAUACCGAAAGACUGUCCAUCGUCUGUUACAGGCUCAGACAGUCAAGACGUAUUGGCCGAUCAUUCAGCAGGGGAGCUUUUCUCUGCUAAGGGCCCUUCUGAACGAUCCCGAACACUUUCGCGAUCACGUUAAGCACCAUUCGGGCGGAUUGAUGAUGACGAUUCUAUAUGGUGAGCAAGAAGGCGAGAUAAGAGAUAAGUACGUGUCAAAGGCGGAUCAAGCUGUCGACGGUCUCGUUAAGGCAGGAAAUGUCGGGACCUUCCUCGUUGAUUUUCUCCCGUUCUUAAAAUACGUUCCAGAAUGGAUGCCAGGUGCAGGAUUCCAGACUAAGGCAAGAAUAUGGCGUCAACAAGCUCGUGAGAUGAUCGAAAUACCCUUCUUGCGGACUAAACAGCUAUUUGAUCAAGGCAUGACCCAACCUUCCGUCAUGAGCCAACUCCUGCGUGAGCAGCUAGACAGUAAGGAAGGAGCCAUCGACAAGGAACUUAUUAUGGGUGCCAUUGGCGUCUUGUUUGUUGGUAAAAUGGCCAUGAACCCACGAGCCCAAAAACGAGCUCAAGAGGAGAUCACAUCUGUGUUGGGACCGGACAAGUUACCUCAGUUUUCCGACCGAUCGAUGCUACCCUACUUUGAAUGUGUCAUGUGGGAAACUCUGCGAUGGAAUCCAGGAGUUCCUCUUGGAGUUCCCCAUCGAUCAAUGGAAGAUUUCCAGUACAAAGACUACCGUAUUCCUGCUGGUGCCACUAUCCUCGCGAACCAAUGGGCGAUUUUGCAUGACGAACAGAACUACGAGAAGCCUUUUGAGUUCAUCCCAGAGAGGUUCUUCGAUGCAGCAAAAGACGGGAAAACAGUUCUUGAUCCACGAGAGGCGUCGUUUGGUUUCGGACGCCGAGUUUGUCCCGGUAAACACUUCGCUGACGACCUGCUAUGGAUGUUAAUGAUCCACAUAAUCACGAGUUUCGACAUCACACAGGCAACUGACGCGGAAGGGAAGCCAAUACCGAUUGCGGGUACUUAUGCGGCUGGUCUUGUCACACGCCCAGAGCCAUAUAUAUGUACAAUUACGCCUCGUUCAGAUGCUCUUGUUCAGCUGAUACAGGCUGGUUCUUCUGAUCAUGCGGUCAUCGCUGAUCGACACUCAUGAGAUGUGUUCUUUGUGGUUUUCUUCUAUCAUUUUACUGAUUUUAUCUAUUAUAUCACUACUGCCUUGCGUUAGUUCAUUCCUCCUUUAUAUGCUCGAUAAAGUAUCCAAGUGUUCGACCGUUCAAGCUUCCAAUGUAUCUUGUUCACAGCACACUGGAAGUAUUGCAACGCAGUCCACAUGAAACCAUCGAGCUUUCAUCAAUCCUAAGAUAGUGCAGAUCAAAAAUAAUGUAGUGCGGUGUAGUUGUUGCCAUACCAAAGUUCUCUGGCAUGACUAUUGAAGAGCUACAAUCUGGCGUUCAUAUACUUGCUGAAGAACUUCAUCGCAAAAAAAAAACAUGAGGACCGGCGGAAUAAAUUAUGUACAACCGUAAGACACGUCCUGCAGUGGGUAUCACACCAGGGCAAUAUGAGAACA